AUGAACAUGAAGUGGUUUGCAUCUUUAACCUUUUUCAUUCUUAUUGAAAGCGCCAAAUCUGAGAGUCAAGAUAUACGGGUGAAGCUCUGUGGCCGCGAGUUUAUUCGGAUGGUGGUCACGUCGUGUGGGAGCUCUCGAUUUAAACGACAUGCGCCUGAUUCCAGCCCUCUGUACACAAAGCCCGACAGAAGUCUUCAAAACCUGCUCAACGGGGAUCUCCUUGCAAACCAGAAAUGGACCCCAGCCAGUGAAGAGGAGCAGUGGAAAGAGUUUGAGCCCACUGAAAGCAUGACCGAGCAUCCCGCCUCCCACACGAGUCCAUCAGCAGAGGUUCUGUUACACUCCACAACUGUGCGGGAUGUUAGCACGUCCUCCAGAACCCGGCGUGAUGUCGGGCCAGCCGGCGUGUGCUGUACUUCGGGAUGCACUAUGAGUGAACUGAUUCAAUACUGCUAAGCUCACACUUUACUCUUAGGACAGAGAGCUUGGAUAUCCUCUCCACCACAGGAUUUCUUAAACUCUGGUAUAUUAAGUUAUUAUUCAUUAAAUAUAUACUAUGCAAGCACUAAUAUGAGAUGACUGUAAAUACAGAGUAGGCUACAUGCAUGAAAUUGUGGGUGAUUUCACAGAGCAAUUUUGUCUGUAAAUGCUAAUGAUAUAAAAUACUG